UCCGUGCGAAUACAACGGUUUUGGUGAAGUCAUGAGAAAGCGCCGUUUGUUUCUGUUUUUCACGCGUUAUAAAGCUCCGCCGAGCCUUCAGAUGAUUUUUAUGUAUGCCUUUUCUUCGUCGCAGGGCUUUUAAGAGGUAAACGGGAUAGUCCUAAAUGUCAAAUAGCAGCACGUUGCCUUGGAACAAUCAAACGUGCUUUUCUUCACUUACUUAUUUGAUGUAUAAGUCAAUGGAAACAUACUCGCGUCGAACGGAUUGCAGGGGAAAUACUGCUGAAAAGGUAGUUGCUUCACCGCGUGUUUGAGUGAAAUGGAUGGAUUGACGCUUCCAGACUGACCCGUCUCAUACAAAGUAUGGUUAAAUGCUUUUAAUUCGCCCAAUCUGCUCAGUGAGGCUGAAACAUAUGUUUCGGAGUCUAUGACAAACUCAUUAGAUCCAGCGGAAUCGCUCAUCAGCGAGCUCCCAUAUAUGUUUUAUCUCGGCCUGUUUUUUGUCAAUGUCUUAAUUCUCUACUAUGCCUUUUUAAUGGAAUACAUAGUCCUUAAUGUAGGGAUAGUGUUCUUGCCAGAGGAUAUGGACCAGGCACUGGUGGAUUUGGGGGUACUUUCUGACCCAGCCUCGCUUCCAUACGACACAGACACAGAGCUGGAUGUUUUUGAAGGAUAUCUGGAAUAAACAAACCAUGAAUAUGACACUUCCAGCCGAAGCUUUCGCGGGGAAGUUGUCUUCUGGCCGAUUCAUUUGGUUACUGGAGAACCAUCGUCAAAGGGAACUACAUAUGAUCUCUGCAGACAUAAAAUAUGCUGCAAAGGUCACCUUAUAUAAAAGUGACUCUCAUGAAUACGUAAGUAGUCCGUUUUUUAAUGAUGAUUCAUACUCAAAAAUAUACAUGUGGAUUAAGUGUGGUGUCUCCACAGGCUGUCCCGGCUCAAGAGGACUGACCUGCAAGCAAGCCAUCGUGCCACCUGGAAUAUUUACCUGGAACAGAUAAGCCAAACGGACCGUGGGGUUUUCCAUGGCACAGCCAGCCAUUGUCUCUUCAGAGAUCACAUUCAGGCACUAACCACUACUGUGGAUAUAAAUAUUACAUUAGCCUCUUUAUUUUUAGUUUGCUGUUUAGCACUCAUGCAGGAUUCUGUGUCAGCCCUGCAAGGGCUUGUUAUUAUGCAGAAGCCUUAUACAUGGUCCGCCUCGGCAUGUUUUCACUCCCUUUAAUACUAUUUAAAUGAGCAAUAAGUCAUGAGACAAACCGAGUGUCUGAAUAAGUGUUUUUUUUUUUUUUUUUUUAAGUCUACUUUAUGAACCGCAUAUUUGUGACAGCCAGAGAAUGAUAUAUUCGACUGAGGUUCGUUUAUCCACUCAAUAUAUAUUUAAUAAAUGAUAACUUUCA